UGAAUUUCGUACACUCAAGGUAAUAAAUACAAUUACCAUUUAUGUCAUACACUUGUAUUUUUUGUAAACAUUGGUAUGCCAUUCAUAUCAAAAUAUGACACUUACUACAACUAUGAUCGACACCCACAGUGUUCUCAUUUGCAAAAGUCGUGGAAUAACGUGGCAGCGUGAUCUAAAUGCUUCCAAAAACAUUUUCAAAAUCUCCAAAGACGUUAUCACUGGAUUCAGUCGUCCUCCAGUUUUCUUGCGAAACCAAAAAUGUAAAAACCCUUCUUUUUUUUUUCAUAUCACCAUAUCGAACAUGGUUUCUCUUUCGCAAGAGAUUUAGAUAUCUACAGUAGAAAUACUGUAACCAUCAAUUGGCAUGGCAGCCACUUUAGAAAAAGAAAAGAGAAAGGGGGUAAAAGCUUAAUUAUAAAAGAAUCUCAAUCAUUAUUCUUUAUGCAUAU